AUGUACGUCCGCUGUCAAGCACAGGAUAUGCCAAACUUCAGACGAAAUUUUAAGGCAAUGUAUACCCGGCAUAUCACAAAAUAUGUGGCUUCGCCCGCGUUUCCUCGCCUACCUACGCCUAACCCUGGGGUCAAGAGCCGACUGAGGGUUAGCUCCAGUAAAAGGCAGGUCUAUCGCCAGGAUGUGCAGGUAUUUCCCACCGAGGACUUGAUUGAAAGCAGCGCCAAGAGCUACACCAUCGCCGCUGGUAGGCACGUGUACGAUUUCAGCAUUAAAUUUCCUGGCGCUAAUGAUCAAGUGCUUCCCCCAACUUUUUCCCAGGGCACUUUCCAGGACAAUGCCUACUUCUACUGCGAACACAGUAUCAAAGCCACUGUAAAGAAAUUAAAAUCGCUUACUUCGGAUCCUCGCAUGGAGAAACCUCUUACGGUGGUGCCUUAUUUCGAUCAGGGGGCCCUUGAGAGAUCUGCGAUGAAAACAAUCUCAAGCAUCUUUGAUCUGAACAAAGACAUACGCAUCGAUAUGCACGUGUUGGUGCCUGAAUGUGGUUUGCCACAGUCUCCUUAUCCUGUUCCUCUUCAAUUGGCCGUGAAAUCCCACGUUCCCGUCACUAUUCAAAAUGUUUCAGUGAGCCUAAAUCGAGUCACCCAGUGGAACUCUCGGGAUAUUAAGCGUCACAGGCAUGUCUUGGAGGAUAAAAAGUCUAUCGUCCUUGAGGUAGUUCCAUUAAAUCAAUCAGGAACUAUUUUGGAUCUUUCCGAUAGUAUCCAACAUUUGAAAAUGUGCGGGUACACAAGUCCUUCUUUCAAUCAUGAGCUACUAAGUGUCAGCUAUGAACUACUGAUUGGGAUUACUAUUUCAUUAGAGGGAAGUUCACAUGGUGCCAAGAGUGCCCAGCUCCUUGAGCUCAAGGGCCGGUCAAGGUGCUUCCCCCAGCCCUAUCACCUUCAGUCCACGUUAACCCUCCAGCGCACACCCCAGCGUAUGCUCCACCACCUGCGUUUGAUUCCAAAGCUGAAGUCGAGUAUAUUAGCGAUCUUAAAUCCGGCCAAACUGAGCGACCGUAUCUUCCUGCAUAUCAGGAGUAAUUAUUCACGUAGAUGCAUAAUUUAA